AUUCCUUGUUCAAACAUUGUGAUAUUCUUCUUCUCAGCUCGAAGUCAGAGUCAGGGCAACUUCCCACGUCAAGUACACACUGGCAGUGGCAGUAGUAAGUACACAACGUCCAGUGGCACUGAUGUGCUUCAAGGAGCAUCAGAUCCAGCUCCUCCAGCAUCUUACGUAGGCCCAACAAUCCAGUACCCUCUAGGUACUCUUACGUACUGCAGCUCGCGCUCUCCCUCACUGUGAAUCGUAGGACCAUCACCAUGCCACCAUCGUCCGACUAUACAGCCUUUCGUGCCAUCCUACGUCAGAGCGAACAUAUCGUCGCCAUAGCGGGCGCAGGUCUCUCAGCGGCUUCCGGCAUCCCGACCUUCAGAGGAUCAGGAGGGCUGUGGCGCUCGCACGACGCCGCGAGUCUUGCUACGCCUCGCGCUUUCACCGAGAACCCCAGCAGGGUGUGGCAGUUCUACCACAUGCGCAGAGAGAAAGCUCGCAAGGUCGAGCCUAACGCGGCACAUACGGCGCUCGCCGUGCUCGCCGUGCCCGAGCAUCUCCGAACCAUCGCGCCGGACGCCAAGUUCACCCUCAUCACGCAGAACGUAGAUGGCCUGAGCCGAGCUGCGCUCUCGAGGACCCCCGGAGCGGACGAAAGGACCGCGCCCAUAUUCGAGAUGCACGGCCGCCUGUUCCAGACGAUCUGCACGUCCUGCGGCGACAGCAGGAUGAACACGAACAGUCCUAUCUGCCCCGCUCUCGCCGGGACAGAGGCGAUUGUCGAGAGGCACGAGACGGAGCCGGAUAUACCGCUCGACGAGCUGCCUCUGUGUACACGAUGUAGCGGACUGUUGCGACCCGGCGUGGUGUGGUUCGGAGAGACUCCCCACUAUCUGCGCGAGAUCCAGGAAAUUGUCGAGAAGGCCGACUUGGGGCUGAUCGUGGGCACUUCAUCGACGGUCUACCCGGCUGCGGGUUACGCCGCAGAUAUCCGGGAGCAUGGCGGGAAGACAGCAGUCUUCAAUCUACAAGACAGCGAGGGCGACCAAGAUGCUGACUUUCUUUUCUUGGGGCCUUGCGAAGAGACGUUACCGAGGGCUCUGUUUGCAUACGGCGAACAGGCGAACCCAUAGGUACGAGAAAUACAGUGUGCAUUUGAUUAAUUCAUAGUCCAACCUCCCCGUCACUUCCGAGCGCGUGUCCAAG